AUGGCCGCCUACGAGUCCAUGGACUUCUUACAGUUUGAAGACGGUGACAGACAAGACACCUUCCAUAAGAUGCUUGCUGCUACUGGCGCAUCAAUCAGCCCAUUGAAUACCACAUCUUCAUUUGACUCUUCGAUAUAUUCCAAGCCAGAAUUCGACUUCUUCACAACCUCAGAGACCUCCACACUUCCACCUUCCUUUUUCUCUGUUGAAGACCCUCAGUAUACUGGAUACCCAUUAUACCCAUUCACAGAAGUUCCACGCGCUGCAUACCCAUACUACGGCGAGGAAUCCACACUUUUCGUCCAGCCACCCCCUUUACCUUCCAACUACCUCGCCAACGAGCUUUACAGAGGACCAACCUCACCCUCUGUAGCUUCUUCUGCUGCUGAAGGUUUCGAUUUCGCUUCUGGCCAGAGCAGCAUCGCCUCUGGCGCUUCUACUUCCUCAUCCGAUCACGGCUCGCCUUACAUGGCUACUCAGGAGUGGACCAUGAACACCGAAGACAUGUCGACUUGGACUGGUGUUGCUUGGGAGCAGCAACCCGAGCUUAAGGAUACCUGCGUCAACCCAUCUUUGAUCAACAAUGGCUCGAGACAGUCCUCAGUCGAGGCUUCGUCAGUUAUUCCAACAUCGCCAAAGCACACAAAGAGAAACUCAACAUUCCGUGUUUCCCCAUAUCCAACACCUUCCGCUACAUCUAAGGGACAUAGGAGGUCGCCGUCCAAUCACUCUGCUGAAGAUUACUUCCCCCACACCCCAGCCAUGAGCCGUGAGGUAUCUGCCACCUCUAAGGGAGCUGCCAGUCCCGAGAGAACUACCUCUAGCAAUGGCGCCAGCCACAGCGACAACUUCUGCAAUGCUUGCGGGAAAGUUUUUAGGGACCUAAAGGCCCACCAGAUCACCCAUAUGGAUGAAAGGCCCGAGAAGUGCCCAAUCCCAACUUGCGAAUACGCUAAGAAGGGGUUCGCGCGCAAGUACGACUGUCAGCGACACACUCUUACGCAUUAUAAGGGAACCAUGGUCUGUGGUUUCUGCCCAGGAUCUGGCCUUCCCUCCGAGAAGACCUUCAACAGAGCUGAUGUUUUCAAGCGCCACUUGAUGUCUGUUCACAAUGUCGAGCAGACCGCUCCCAAUGGCAAGCCAAAGAAAAUUAAUGGUCGUGGCGGUUCUGUUUCUUCUUCUGGGUCUCCCCGCGCUCCAUCAUUCCAAGCCGCAUACAAGGAUGUCACUGGCAAGUGCUCUACUUGCAAUGCCACCUUCGCCAAUGCCCAACAGUUCUACGAACAUCUUGACGACUGCGUUCUUUCCAAGGUUGUCAAGCCAGAGCCAGAAGGUGAUAUCAAUAGUCACAACCUUGGAUCUGUCAAUGAUCUCGAGGAAGUGCAAGAGUCUUUGGCCGCUCACGGUCUUUUGAACUCCGAUGGCGCUGAAGUCAAUGAGGCUGAGAUCUCUGAGGAAGAGGAGGAAGAAUCCGAGGAUGAGGAUGACAAGACUGAUCCAUCCUUCGGUUCCAGGAAGUCCAAGAAGCAGCGCAAGAGUCUCACCGGUACUGGGGUUGCGGGCGGUGUUGUUUUGGGAGCCAACAGCAAAAUCUCAAAGAAGCAAAUGAUGGCUGCUGGUGGUCGCAAGAGGAGAAGGAACCUUCCUUCUGGUUGGGGGGUCCAACCAGAUCGCAUGGUCACAAAGAGACGGUGUCUCCAAGUCUACGAUGGUAGCAAGCUUCUCUGUAGAGAUGAGAUGAUGAUGUCCUCCGCUUGGGAGGUCAAGGCUAACCUCGCUGGUGGAGACGCCGAGGUCAGCGACUUAGACUACUGGACUGUAGUCCGUGCCAACGCCUUUCACGAUGCAGCAAAGGAGGCCAGAGAUGCUCAGAAGGAGCAACAACAUUAG